GAAUUCGAAUAGAGAGAAAAGGCAAAAGAUCAGAUCUCCAAUUCGUCGAGAGCGAGAGUGCUCGCGAGGCAAAUCUGCGAGAUCUUGUUUCCUCUGUUGUCUGAAAAUGGGGGAAGAAUCAGGAAUUGCUUCUAUCUCCGCUGAGAAACAGCUGAUGGAGAGGAUCGCCAAGAUCCUGAACGAGACCAGGACUUCGUACGCCACUCACACCCGCAAGCUCAAGGAGCUCUCCGCCCUCCGAUCGAAGUUCUCGUCGCUUUCGUCUUCCCCUUCCAAGGCGGUGUCUUCGUCUCGUCGAUUCGCGGAGGUGUUUGUCAAAACCCUAACCCCUCUUUUUCAUUCCGCUCAACGGAGGACGGCGGCCGCCGAGCGUGUUGUCCGGUUCGUGGCAGAAUUCGCCUGCAUGGGUUGUACUUCCGUUGAUGGAUCAGAUUGUGAUGAGUUAUUGGAGGAGUUUGUGAAGCUCCUCUUGGUUGGUGCCUUUGCAGCGAACCGGAACGCUAGGUUCAGGGCGUGUCAGAUUAUUUCUGAGAUCAUAUUGCGGUUGCCAGAUAGUGCAGAAGUGAGUGAUGAACUCUUGGAUGAUGUAAUAGACAUUAUGAUGCAGCGUCUUCGGGACAAAGUUCCUGUUAUCCGCACAUUUGCCGUUAGAGCUCUUUCACGAUUUGUUAAUGAUUCUGAGAAUAGUGACAUUCUUGAUCUGCUCCUUGAAGAGCUUCCGCUGGAACAAAACCCGGAGGUUCGCAAGACAAUUGUUCUCUCACUGCCUCCUUCAAACUCGACUACUCAAGCAAUCAUUGAUUGCACACUUGAUGUUAAUGAGUCGGUACGCAAAGCAGCAUACUCUGUUCUGGCAAAUAAAGUUCCUCUUCAGAGCUUGAGCAUCAAGCUUAGGACGACUAUUCUUCAGAGGGGACUUGCUGAUCGUUCAGUAAAUGUUUCAAAGGAGUGUUUGAAGUUAAUGAAGGAUCAGUGGCUGUCUAACUGUUGCCAAGGAGAUCCUAUUGAACUUCUCAAGUACCUCGAUGUUGAGACUUAUGAAGCUGUUGCAGAGUUGGUUAUGGAUGCUCUGCUAAGUGAAGGAUUGAUAAAGCUGCAUGAUGAUGAAAGUAUGAGGCAGUAUAUAUCGUUCGAAACCUGUGAAGCUGGUGUUGAGACCACAUGUUCUAGACCCAGCAUCCGACUAAUGGAGCCGGAGAUUUCCCUUUACUGGAGGACAAUAUCCAGGCAUUUACACAAAAAUGCACAAGCAAAAGGUUCUGAUGCUGCUGUAGCAAUGGGAGCUCAGGCAGCAGUUUAUGCUUCUGAAGCUUCAGAUAUUAAUGACUUGCUAGAUAGAAUCCUUCCUGCAACUGUUUCUGAUUAUGUUGACAUAGUUAGAGCUCAUAUAGAUGCGGGACCGGACCAUCACUUUGCUUCAAGGCAGCUACUAUUGCUUGGCACACUGCUUGAUUUUUCUGAUGCUACAUUCAGGAAGACUGCAAGUUCAUUUGUGCAAGAGUUGCUCCGCAGACCUCUUGAGCAAGAACUAGAUGAGGACGGGAACCAAAUUGUUAUUGGAGACGGUAUAAAUCUUGGUGGUGAUAAAGAUUGGGCUGAUGCCGUAUCCAAGUUGGUUAAAAAAGUCCAUGCUGCUCCUGGGGAGCUUGAAGAAGUUAUACUUGGUGUUUUGGAAGAACUAGCUAGGCCGUUUAGGGAAAGGACUGCAGACUUCAUGCAGUGGAUGCACACGCUAUCUGUGACAAGUCUUCUCUUGGAAAAUGCAAAAUCAUUACGUUCACUUCAAGGGAAGGGUAUUGAACCAGAAGAGAUAUUGCAUGCCUUGCUGCUUCCAGGGGCUAAACAUGUGCACUUGGAUGUCCAGAGGAUUGCUAUCAAGUGCCUAGGCCUUUUUGGUUUGUUAGAGAACAAGCCUAGCGAAGCACUGGUAAAGCAGUUACGGGUAGCUUUUUCCAGAAGCCCGCCUCCAAUUGGUAUAAUGGCCUGCAAGGCACUAGUGGAUCUUGGGAUGUGGCAUUACCCCCAAGAAGUUGACAAGGCUAUGGGUCAAGAUCUUUCGUCACAGCUCAAAAAUGAUAACAACAUUGAUUUUGUACCCAUUGACUUGUCUAAUCCAGAUGAAGAUUUGAACAUAAAAUUACUUGACCUCUUGUAUGCUGGACUUGAAAGUGACGAUUGGAGGAUAUUCAUAGACGACGAGUCAGUUAAAACAACUGUUGGAGAGGGGUUUGCAAAGUUCCUUCUGCUUGGAGAGAAGUACCCCGAUUUGCCUGCAUCUUUCCAUCCCUUCGUUUUAGCCAAGUUGAUUGCUUUAUAUUUCAGCGAGGAGUCAACAGGACAACUGAGGUUUAAACAAUGCUUAUCUGUCUUCUUUGACCACUAUGCUUCUCUCUCAGCUAAACAUAAGGGGUACUUGUCUAAGGCUUUUAUUCCUGUAAUGCGCUCAAUGUGGCCCGGCAUAGAUGGAAAUCCUGGGGGUUCACCGUUUGUUAUAUCAAAUAAACGCAAACGGGCAGUCCAAGCAUCCAGGUUUAUGCUGCAAAUGAUGCAAGCCCCACUAUACACAACAGAGACGAGAGUUGAACCCGAAAACAGGUCAAGCAUAUCAUCAGAAACACCAAACGACUCUAUGCAGCUUCCACUAGAAUGUGGUGAGGAGGGACUUGCUGUACGCAUAGGCAGUGAGAUCACAAGUUUCCAGGCAAAGAAGACUCCAGCGGAGAAGGCAUAUGUCACAGCACUGUGCAAAAUACUUGUUUUGCUCCAUUUCAGAUCAUCAGAGCAAAACACGAUAAAGUUAAUGAGAAAGCUUUUAAGUCGUGUAGCUGAUUCUAUAGGCUGGGAAAAGGACAUUCUUAAGGAAGUGAAACUGUUGGCAGAACAUCUGAAGUCAUUGGAUGUCUGUCCGGAAGAGGAGCUUUCACAGGAUCAAGCAAAUUCCAUCUUUGACACAUUAGCCGUAAAGUUCAACCUGGACAUGAUAGUGUCUGCAGAAGUGCCACAGACACCUGCUCCUUGUUCCACCAGACAGGUCCGAACAAGAAGACGGGUAAGAAGGGAAGAAACAUCCUCUGACGAAGAAGAAGCAUCUCCAGUCUCUGUCCAAUCUGCUGCCCCUUCCGUUCAUUGUACCACAAUGACCCGAUCUCACAGAGCAAGCAAAGCUGCUGCUUUGGCCAGAAUGACCGCUAGUAAGGCUAAAACGACGAUAAAUGCAGGUAAUGAUGACAACGAGGAAGAAGGUUUUUCUUCCGAGGUCACAGCAGAAGAUACAGACGAAUCUGAUGAAUAUCGCGAAUGAAAGGUGGGUAAAAUGAGUUCCCUUAUGAUUUGGCACGAAUACGAAUUGUUGUUUGUCUGUUGCCGAGAUCAGAUCAUGGCUUCUUAGUUUGUGUACAGGGUUGCGGAUCCAAGUCAUGUUCAUGUCUGAUACCCUCUCCAAAGUCUAUUGCUUCUUUUGUGUUGGUUGCGAAGGCUGUCUUAAUGUGAUCCAAAUUUAUA